CGUAGCAACGCGGUGACCACUCACUGCUCGUAGAAACAUCGGGCUAUCGACAUCGGCAUACAGUAACAGUAGUCAUUUUGUAAAAUCGGCCCAGAUACAUUAGAAAAGUUUAGAAAAUCAGAGAAAGGAAAUAGAAAAAAAUACUAAAAAAGGGAACGUUCCUCGACAUACCAGGAUAACGGUCCUUCAUUCAGGAACCAUGGAGAAGGAACAACCCGACUCCUUGGCUACAGUGGCUGUGGGCUCGGAAAAAAUUCCGCCACCACCCCAUAGCCACUAUGCACCAAGCGAAGUGUACUCCACUGCCGAACCACCACCGGCUUACAUGAGACCAAACACCAAGAGUACUGCCGUUCAAAUCGCCAGGAUUGCUGCUAUUACUCUGGUUACCAUGUGUGUUGUGUUGGGUAGCUUCAUCCUGGCUGCAUCCUGGGUGCAGGCGCGUGCAUCCUGCACGCCGGAGUCCAUUGCAGCCAUGCAGGCGCAAAUGAAGACUCAGCAGAUUCAUCAGGCAGAAUAUUUUAAGCAUCUGCAGCCUGAAGCUCUCGUACAGGAUCCGAUUGAGAGCAAAGAAAAUCUGCAGAGCUUGUCGGAAUCCGCGAUUACUAAAAAGGAGGUGCAACCUGAUACGAAGGACAUAAAGGUACAGCAGAAGGUCGAAGAUACUAAAACAGAGAACGACACUAAUGACGUCGACGAAGAAGAUGAUUAUGACGAUGAUGAAUUUCCACCAGUACAUAUAAAGCUUCCAUUACAGUUGGACCUUGAUGAUAUAGCUGGGGCUCUUAUGCAACAGGCACGCAGCAGAGUAUCGUGCGUAGUAGAACGACGAAGAGCUGAUGAAGUGAUGGACGGUUCCGAUAAUGGAAUCGAGAAUAGGACAGAUCCAGGACGCUUCCAAAGAUUGAGUGGAGAGCGCGUAGCCAUUUUAUGCGAAUCGGGAAAUCCCCAUCAGGAGCAACAAGAACAGGAAAUGAUGACACCGAUCAUUGUUCCUCUGGGUACCGUUCAAAUUCCACUGCAAAAUUCUGAACCGAAUUUCAGCCAAUACCAGAUCAAUACUCAGUACCAGGUACCGGAUAUGCAACAACUACCACUGAGUGAUUCUAGAGGAUUGAAUCACAUUCCCUCAGGACUUUUAUUACCUGAAUUGAGAAAUCUGCCACAACUAACUGUAGAAAUGAGACCACCUAGGAUGGGACCACAGUCAAUGGAACCUCAGAUGGAGAUGAGACAGAUUCCUAUUGAACUACGUCACUUCUCAAUGGAUCCUAUGAGAGCUAUGAGGCCACCAAUGGAAAGACAUGAACAACCUAAUAUGUUCCAGCAUCCCGAAUACCGUAUGUUGCCUCAGGAUCAGCAUACUCCACCCAUGAUGCCACCACCACAACAAGAACAAAUGACACAAGAGCACAGAGUACCUCAGAUGAUGAUGCCACCACAACAAACUGAACAGAGGCCUUUAGUUGCGCCAUCUGCACCAGAGCAACCUGCUCUUGAAGCACCACGUCCUCUACAGAGUCUGCCUAUGGAGAUCAGAAGAAUCAUCCAGCAAGUGCCAUUGGAGAUUAAGAAUAUCAUUCAGCACAUCACCGACGAUUCCAGGCCAUUCCCUAUACAAGUUCCGGAUGGCGCUCGACGUGAAAACGUUCACGAAUUCAAACCCUUCCCUGAGGGUGCCAGACCGAUUCCUCUGGGACCAUUCCCACUUCCGGUAGAAGUAAGAAAUCUUCUGGAACAUGGAAAUAUUGAGGGACGCCAUCAGCAACAAAUGGAAAACAAUGAUGAACGUCAACAGGUAGCCAAACCUUUCCCAUCACCUGACGAUCAGAUUGAGGAGGUUGAGAGAAAUUUCCCGAUACCAAUUGAAGUCCGCAAUCUAAUUCACCAGGUCGUAGAAGGUCGUGCCUUCCCGGUACCAAGAUUCCCGCUUCCAUUGAGACCAGUACAAUCCUUGGAAGUUCCUGUUGAAGCUAGGGCGCAAGUCAGCGAUGAACAGACGAAUGAACAGCAGGAAGCACAGCAGGAUCUACAGGAUCAGCAAGGACCAUCCAUGAUACACGCACAACAGAACCAGGAACAAUCAGAGGAGGAUCGACCUCAUUAUGUUCAACCUCGUUCUGUGCGUUCUGUACCAGAACCAUUCGCAGCACACCGUCGUGAAAAACGCGUACGUCGUUGCGCCUGCGACUGCGCUUGUUAACUUACAUUUCAUUUGUAAUCGGAAGAAAAACACGAAGCCGAUUGGGUUACGUGUGCGUGGAUGUAUUUACGCGUGCCUUUGGAGAACGCAUUCGUUUUUUGUCCAAAUUUACCGAAACGGAAGGCAACCCUUUAACUGGUGCUCUAUAAUGAAAUUUCCAGAUAAAACAACAAUCUUCUUGUAAGUAUGGUCUAAAAAAAAUAAAAGGUCUCUAAAAGAGAACGUUUAACGACGAGGCCAACGAAAAAGUAUGAAGAUUCAAAUAGUAACGAUUCAUGUUAACAAGACUUUCAUAUUUAUCCAAUGCGGUCGUUCCUAAAAAACAACAUUGUUCUCUUUAAGCAAAAAAAAUUGGAUACGCAGUGAUACUAUAUUUCGAGUUUGCUUUUUUAUCUUAUAAUUAACAGCAAACUGAAAUUUCGUUACUAAUUUUUUCUUUUUUGUUGUGGCGAGGAAUAUGCGAAUAAUUGAUUAAUCGAUUUCCUUAAGUGCAUACAGGCUUAUUAUCUGCAAUUAGUCAAAAGUAACAGACAACACUUUAGGCGUUCCUAAUUCACAAUAUGGCUACGGUAACCUUAGUUUAUUGUAACUUUUCUCAAUUUCCUAGUAGAAAUGAAAAUUCGAGUAAAAAUAAACAUCAGAUAUACACACAAGAUAGAGGCAUAAGAAGAGAAAAGAAAAACUGCGAAACUAACGCGUGAGUGGUUUGGUUUAGAAUUCUAUUCUACGAAUCGCAGAGUAUAUAAAAAAAAAGUAUAUAUACAUAAGUGUGUGUGUAGUAAUAUGUAGAAAAACGCUCCCUGUACAUUAUAUAUUGCGUCUACCAUUAAUUCUUUAAGGUAUGGACAUUGUACUACAAUAAUAUGUAUUAUUGUUUUA